UCAAAACAAACAAAAAUUUUGGCUCGAAUGUCUCGUUUUUCAUCGAAAAUCCAUAAAAAAUCAACAAAAAAUUGUUAAAAUCUGUAAAAAUUCGCAUCCCUCACGAUGGGUCGUCAAGAAAUCAACAUAAUCGUGACGGUAAAAAGCUUGGAGGAGCUCGUUUUCCAAGUCGCACCCGUCGCCAAAGCCAAACUCGAGAAAAUUUCCACAAUGAAGCCCGGAAAAAUGGUUCUCAAAUCCCAUGUCGAGUGCGAAGCGUGCCAAAGCGACAUGGAAGUCAACUUUUUUUGGUGUCACGCGUUGUCCGUGAACACUGGAAACACUUCCGACGACUGUGUCGCGAGCGUCAAAGCCCCAAAUUCACCCGAAAAUGAAUUUCAAGUGCAUGAAAUGGUCAAAGCGGAGCCUCUGGACGACGAGGAAUUCGAAUACGAGGAAGAAUAUUUGAUCGAAGACCUCGAAAAUGUCCCAGAAAUCGACCCGGAAGAGAAUUUCGUGAUGAAAACUGAAGACGCGGAAGCCGUAGAAGAAAUUUUGGUCGAAAAUGAGGAAGAAAGUCCGGAAGAAAUUGUUGUUCGAGUCACGGAAAUGGUCUCUCCAACACCAAAAAUGACGAAAAGAGCGAUAAACGACCAAAAAUUCGGCAUUCCCGACAAUGAACUUGUGCGAAAACUUGAUUCGCGGGGCAUUUGUGACUUUUGUGAUUAUCGAAGGAAGCGACUUGGCGCCACUUUGAGUCGAAAUACGUUUUUAAUUCACUGCGCCACGCAUUUGAUACAGAAAAACGGGAUGAUUUAUUCGUGUAACGCUUGCGGAUUGCCCUCGGAGACGCUAAAUGUGGCGCGAGCUCAUUCCCUGAGCUGCGAUCAGCGCGAAUCUUAUCGACAAAUUUGGAAAAAUCGAGAAGUUCCUGAAAUUGAUGUGAUUCCAGUUAUCGUUGAAGCUUCAGAUCCGAGUCUAAAAUCCAAAAAAUACCCUCGCGUGAAGGUUUUGUGUCACAUUUGCUCGAAAUAUGUCUACAAACAAAGCCUGAAAGACCACAUGCUCAAACACGAAGUCGGUUCAAAGCUUCCCUACGAAUGCGACGCUUGCGGCAAAAAAUUCAGUUCACGCGAUAACGUGAGAAAACAUUUGAUCGUGCGACAUUUUCCGGAACUCGCGAAAUAUAAAUGCCCAAAAUGCCCCACAGUAUUUGCGCAAAAACACUUUUAUGACACGCACAUCAUGGCAAAGCACAAAAUGGGCGAUGUCGAGAAAGUGACGUGCAUGGUAUGCGGGAUUGUCGUGGCGAACGAGCGAAAUUUGAAGGAGCACAAUUUUAAUGCGCACGUCGAUCCGCUGACGAAACAAAAGUACAGUUGCAAGUUGUGCAGCAAGAUUUUUUAUGACAAGAGGCAUCUGAAGGCGCACAUGAUGGUUCAUUUGCCGGAGGAUGAGAAGCCGUACAAGUGCGAAAAGUGUGGAAAGAGGUUCGUGAAUAGUUACAAGUACAAACAGCACAUGUUGGAGCAUGAAAAUCCCGAUUUGGUGCUGAGAAAGUGUGAGAUUUGCGGAAAAGGAUACAAAUAUGCGAAUUCGCUGAAGGUUCACAUGAGAGUUCAUACAGGCGAACAACCCUACGAGUGCAAAUUCUGCAACCGGCGCUUCGCUGAUCGAAGUCACCAUCGAGUCCACAUGAAGGGACACGAAUCUGAAUUGGGCAUCAAACUCACCUUAACUGCCGAGGAGCGUCGUUUAGUGAAUCACGGCGUCUACCAACCCGAAGAACUCAUCUCACAAGUCGUCAUAGAAUAG